GCAGCCUGUGCUUUCCGUUACAAUGGGCUCUCCUUUGUCUACCUCAUCUACCUCCUGCUCAUUCCUCUGUUUUCAGAACCCACAAAAGCAACGAUGCAAGGGCACACAGGACGAUUACUGAAAUCUCUGUGUUUCACCAGUCUGUCAUUUCUGCUGCUGCACAUCAUCUUUCAGAUUACAAUAAACAGUCUCGAAGCUGCAAAAAGUAUUGAACCUGGUUUUAACUGUUCGACAUGGGAGAAAACAUUACGGCAGAUUGGUUUUGAAAGUGUGAAAGGAGCAGAUGCUGGGAACGUGAUCAGACUAUUUGUACCAGAUAUUGGGAUGUUCAUUGCUAGUCUGACAAUAUGGCUCAUCUGCCGCAACAUGUUUCAGAAGCCAGUAACGGAGGAUGCAGCACAGUGGAACAUGCAGUUUGAAAAUGAGGAGAUGGCUGUAAGAGAAAAAUUAGAGCCAGAUGAUGCCUUGAUGUAUGAAGAAGAUCUGGAUGACGAUGACUGUGGAGAAGCAGAAUUUGAGGAGACCAUGAAAUUAAAACUGCUGCGUAGAAUUGCCUUCCUAGCAUCCAAACUGAGGGAGUUUAUUGGCAAUAUGAUAAUCACCACUGGAAAAGUUGUUGUUACAAUUUUACUUGGUUCAGCAGGUAUGAUGGUGCCAUCUUUGACCUCAGCUGUUUAUUUCUUUGUGUUUUUGGGCCUGUGCACAUGGUGGUCCUGUUGCCAAGCAUUUGAUCCGCUGAUAUUCAGCUGUCUGUGUGUCUUAAUGGCCAUAUUCAGUGCGGGACACUUAAUUGGACUUUAUCUGUACCAGCUACAGUUCUUUCAGGAGGUUGUUCCACCAAAAGAUUUCUAUGCCAGGUUGUUCGGUGUCACUUCUCUUACUCAGACAAACUGCUCAAGCACUUGGAUGAUCAUCAAAAAUCAAGAUUUACAUUGGUAUCACCACGCUAAUCCAAUCUUACUGCUGGUGAUGUACUACACCCUCGCGACUCUCAUUCGUCUCUGGCUGCAGGAGCCCAUUCAGACGCCUGAUGAAGAGAAAUCUGUCAGCAGGGAGGAUGACAAAGAAGCUCCCUGCAGCCCAAUUCCAAUGACAGCGGAGAGGAGACGCAGUCUGUGGUAUGCAAGCCACUAUACAACUGAUGAGAGAAAACUUCUGUCAAUGACCCAAGAUGAAUACAAGCCAUCGGAUGUGCUGCUGGUAACAGUGAACGGGAACCCAGCUGACUAUCACACCAUCCACCCUGCACUGCCACUAGAGAAUGGUCCAGCCAAAGCAGACAUGUACUCCACACCACAGUACAAGUGGGAGCCUGCGGAUGGCACAUCAGUAAAGGAAGAGGAGGAGGAAGAAGAAGAGGAAGUUACUCAGGAGGAAAAGGAAAAUGUUAAAUUACAUGCCCUGGUCUCUGUGUUUCAAUUUAUCAUGAAACAAAGUUACAUUUGUGCUCUAAUAGCUAUGAUGGCGUGGAGCAUCACAUAUCACAGCUGGUUGACUUUUGUGUUACUGAUCUGGUCUUGCACAUUGUGGAUGAUUCGGGACCGAAGGAAAUAUGCCAUGAUCAGUUCACCAUUCAUGGUUUUUUAUGGAAAUUUACUGCUAAUACUACAGUAUAUAUGGAGUAUUGAGCUCAAGAAUGAUGAACUUCCUCAAGUAUCUGGUUUUUUAAAAAGAAAAGACCCUGGGGAGCUGGCAUCAAAGAUUCUUUUCACAAUUACUUUCUGGCUACUGCUUAGGCAACACCUCACUGAACAGAAAGCACUUCGGCUAAAAGAAGCUACUUUAUCUGAGGUCAAAGUUGGAAGUGAAGAAAAUGAAGAAAAAGAAGAGGAGUCGCAAGAGGGAGAAGUGUCAGAAGAACAGGAAGAGGAGAAGGAAGAGGAGGAGGAGGGAGAGGAGGAGGAUGAACAGGAUAUUAUGAAAGUCUUGGGGAAGCUGGUGAUGGCUAUGUUAAUCAAGUACUGGAUUUACGUCUGUGGGGGCAUGUUCUUCUUUGUCAGCUUUGAGGGUACAAUUGUCAUGUACAAAAUCAUCUACAUGGUACUGUUCCUCUUCUGUGUGGCCCUCUACCAGGUACACUAUGAAUGGUGGAGGAAGAUUUUAAAGUACUUCUGGAUGUCAGUGGUUGUUUACACAAUGUUGGUACUUAUCUUCAUCUACACAUACCAGUUUGAGUCAUUUCCUGGGUUGUGGAAGAAUAUGACAGGCCUGGAUGAAAGGAAACUAGAGGACCUUGGCUUGAAACAGUUUUCUGUGGCUGAUCUAUUCACACGCAUCUUUAUCCCUACCUCCUUCCUACUGGUGUGUAUUUUACACCUUCACUAUUUCCACGAUCGGUUUCUCCAGAUCACUGAUUUAAAAGCUGUAACCAGCAAACAGGACAACACUAUUUACAGACUGGUGCACCAAGAUGGAAGCCUUCCUGACAUAACUAUGAUGAAUUUAACAGCCAGCAGAGAAAAGGAAGAGGAUAAAAUGCUGGAAGAGGCUGGUGAGAAAAGAAUGGAAGAACCAGAGGGGGAGGGAGGGAAAGGGAGGGUCAAAAAAGGAAAAGAAGAGAAGGAGGAUGAGGAUAAAGAAGACGAUGAUGAUGAUGAGGAUGAUGAUGAUGAUGAAGACAAUGAAUCUGAGGAAGAAGAAACUACAGAUUUAAGGAACAAGUGGCAUCUGGUGAUCGACCGCCUUACAGUGCUGUUUUUGAAAUUCCUGGAGUAUUUUCACAAGAUGCAAGUCUUCGUGUGGUGGCUGUUGGAGCUGCACAUCAUCAAAAUUGUUUCCUCUUACAUCAUCUGGGUCACAGUGAAAGAGGUGUCUCUGUUUAACUUUGUGUUUUUAAUUGCCUGGGCUCUUGCUUUGCCAUAUGCUCAAUUUCGCCCACUGGCAUCAAGUAUCUGCACUGUUUGGACAUGUGUGAUUAUUGUCUGCAAAAUGUUGUACCAGCUCACAUCUAUUGAUCCCAAGACUUUUUCCAGUAACUGUACACUGCCUGGAGAGAAUGAAACUAAGGUAAAUUUAGAAGAACUGAAAACCUCCGUGCUCUACAGUGGGCCAGUUGAUCCGGCAGAGUGGGUUGGAUUGAGAAAGUCUUAUCCCCUUCUUGUGUACUUAAGGAAUAACUUACUGAUGCUGGCUAUUCUGGCUUUUGAAGUUACAAUCUACCGUCACCAAGAAUACUACAGAUGCCGAAAUAACCUCACUGCACCUGUGACUAAAACCAUUUUCCAUGAUAUUACAAGAGCACAUCUGGAUGAUGGACUUGUAAACUGUGUCAAGUAUUUCAUAAACUACUUCUUCUACAAGUUUGGUUUGGAGACUUGUUUUCUUCUAUCAGUGAAUGUAAUUGGUCAAAGGAUGGAUUUUUAUGCAAUGAUUCAUGCUUUCUGGCUGAUUGCUGUACUGUAUCGACGCAGGAGAAAAGCUAUUGCAGAGAUCUGGCCAAAAUAUUGCUGUUUUCUAGCAUGCAUCAUUACAUUCCAGUACUUCCUUUGCAUUGGCAUCCCACCUGCUCCUUGUAAAGACUAUCCAUGGAGAAGUGGCAAUGCCAACUUCAACUCCAACAUCAUAAAGUGGUUAUACUUUCCAGACUUCAUUGUGAGACCAAACCCUGUCUUCCUUGUGUAUGACUUCAUGCUGCUUCUGUGUGCAUCCUUGCAAAGGCAGACAUUUGAGGAUGAAAAUAAAGCUGCAGUGCGAAUCAUGGCUGGAGACAAUGUGGAAAUUUGCAUGAACCUUGAUGCAGCAUCUUUCAGCCAGCAUAAUCCAGUUCCCGACUUCAUCCACUGCCGGUCCUACUUAGACAUGUAUAAGGUGAUAAUAUUUAGUUACCUCUUCUGGUUUGUGCUUACCAUAAUCUUCAUCACGGGAACCACAAGGAUCAGCAUAUUCUGUAUGGGCUACUUGGUGGCCUGCUUCUAUUUCCUUCUCUUUGGUGGAGACCUGUUGCUGAAGCCCAUUAGGAGCAUCCUGCGUUACUGGGACUGGCUGAUUGCCUACAACGUCUUCGUGAUCACCAUGAAGAACAUCCUGUCGAUAGGAGCAUGUGGCUACAUUGAAUCAUUAAUUAAGAAUAGUUGCUGGGUGAUUCAGGCAUUUAGCCUGGCUUGUACAGUUAAAGGCUACCAUAUUCCCACAGGCAAUCUAGAUUGUAAACUGCCCAGUGGAGAAGCAGGAAUCAUUUGGGACAGUAUAUGUUUUGCUUUCCUGUUACUGCAAAGGAGAGUCUUCAUGAGUUACUACUUCCUUCACGUGGUUGCAGAUAUAAAAGCUUCUCAGAUAUUAGCAUCAAGGGGUGCUGAGCUUUUUCAGGCUACAAUUGUCAAGGCUGUAAAGGCAAGAAUUGAAGAGGAAAAAAAAUCAAUGGAUCAACUGAAAAGACAAAUGGAUCGCAUCAAAGCCAGGCAGCAAAAAUACAAGAAGGGUAAAGAGAGGAUGCUAAGCAUGAACCAGGAGUCCUCAGAGGGGCCGGAGAUUCGGAAGGUUUCUGAAGAAGAUGAUGAAGGAGAUGCAGACAAAGAGAAAGCCAAGGGCAAAAAAAAGCUGUGGUGGCGGCCUUGGGUUGAUCAUGCUUCCAUGGUCAGAAGUGGAAAUUAUUAUUUGUUUGAGACGGAUAGUGAAGAGGAAGAGGAAGAAGAAAAAAAAGAAGAGGAAGAGCCUCGGAAAAAAUCUGCAUUUCAGUUUGUUUACCAAGCCUGGAUAACUGACCCUAAAACAGCUCUACGACAGAGGCGCAAAGAGAAGAAAAAUUUUGGGAAAGAGAAGCGAAGGCGAAAAGGAUCUGGGGAUGGAGGUGGCAAUGAUGCAGACUGUGAGGACAGUGAAGAGGAACCUGUCAAAAAGAAAUCUGAUGGACCAGAUAACAUCAUCAAGAGGAUAUUUAAUAUCUUGAAGUUUACUUGGGUCCUUUUCCUGGCAACGCUGGACAGUUUCACAGCUUGGCUUAACUCCAUCUCCAGAGAGCACAUCGAUAUCUCCACUGUGCUCAGGAUCGAGCGCUGUAUGCUGACCAGGGAGAUUAAGAAGGGCAAUGUUCCGACACGGGAGAGCAUCCAUUUGUAUUACCAGAACCAUAUGAUGAAACUUUCUGAGGAGUCAGGACUAGACUCAAUUGAUAAAAAUCCCAGUCAAGCUUCUGGUUUGCAAGCAUCUGAAAGAAUGGAUAGUUUCGAUUCAGCAGCAUCUCAUGACAGCAUCUCCAGUGAACCCACACAGGUCACCAUGCUCUAUUCCCGCCAGGGGACCACAGAAACCAUUGAGGAGGUAGAAGGGGAGCAUGAGGAAGAAGGAGCUCAUUCUGCAUCAAGGUUGGAGGAAGAGGAGGUAGAAGAUUAUAGCCUGGAUUCAGAAGGAGCUGCAUAUACUCCUGAUACCGAUGUACCAUUGUACUCCACAGUGGACAGCAAUGCAGAAGCUCCACCUUCCUAUAGCAAAGCUGUCAGCUUUGAAAACCUUCCCUUUGGCUCCCCAGAUGACUCAGCUGGGAAGAGCCUCAUGAUGGUGAGCCCAGACGACAGUCGGACGGACAAACUUGACACGAUUCUGCCCCCACUGACGCACGAGCUAACAGCUAGUGAGCUGCUCCUGAACAAGAUGUUUCGUGAUGACGAGCUGGAGGAGUCAGAGAAGUUCUAUGUUGGUCAGCCUCGGGUCUUGCUCCUUAUUUAUGCCCUGUACAAUACGCUGGUGGCCCGUUCAGAAAUGGUGUGCUAUUUUGUGAUCAUCCUCAACCACAUGAUCUCUGCCUCCAUGAUAACCCUGGUGCUUCCCAUCCUUAUAUUCCUGUGGGCCAUGCUGUCUGUUCCUCGGCCAAGCAAACGCUUCUGGAUGACAGCCAUUGUCUACACUGAGGUGGCCAUUGUCAUCAAAUACUUCUUCCAGUUUGGCUUCUUUCCUUGGAAUAAACAUGUGGAUUACACAAAAGACAAACCUUACCAUCCACCCAAUAUCAUUGGCAUUGAGAAGAAAGAGGGUUAUGUGCACUACGAUCUUGUUCAGCUUCUUGCUUUAUUCUUCCACAGAUCCAUUUUAAAGUGCCAUGGACUGUGGGAUGAAGAUGAGAAAGGAGACAGCUCCAGUAAUAAAGGGGAUACUGAUGAUGAGCUCUCUCUGGCAGGAGGCAGGAGAGACUCUUCUGCCUCUUUGAAAUCUGUCAAUCUUGCCGCAUCAGUGGAGUCCAUCCAUGUCCACUUCCCUGAGCAGCAGGCUGCCAUCAGGAGGAAGAGUUCUAGCAGCAUAUCCCAGCUGUCUCACAGGUCCAGCUUCUCCUCACACAGAUCUAAGAGAGGAAGUACCAGUACACGGAACAGCAGUCAGAAGGGAAGCAGUGUGUUAAGCAUCAAGCAAAAAUCUAGAAAAGAGCUUCUCAUGGAAAAGUUUCGAGAACAAAUGAUCAAAGCCAAGGCUUUUACAGUUAAAAAGACUCUCCAGGUGUACGUGCCCAUCAGACAGUUUUUCUACAAUCUUAUUCAUCCAGACUACAGUGCCGUGACUGAUGUGUACGUGCUGAUGUUCCUCGCAGAUACAGUGGACUUCAUCAUCAUUGUGUUUGGAUUUUGGGCUUUUGGGAAACAUUCUGCUGCAGCUGAUAUCACCUCUUCAUUAUCAGAGGACCAGGUCCCAGAAGCAUUUUUGGUGAUGGUGCUCAUUCAGUUUGGUACCAUGGUGGUAGAUCGAGCACUGUACCUCAAAAAGACUGUCAUGGGAAAAGUCAUCUUCCAGGUCAUCCUUGUUUUCGGAAUACAUUUCUGGAUGUUCUUUAUCUUGCCUGGAGUGACAGAAAGGAAAUUUAGCCAGAACACAGUUGCCCAGCUCUGGUAUUUUGUGAAAUGUGUUUAUUUUGGCUUAUCAGCUUAUCAGAUACGCUGCGGAUAUCCAACUCGUGUUCUUGGCAACUUCCUCACAAAAAGUUAUAACUAUGUCAACCUGUUCUUAUUUCAAGGGUUCCGCCUAGUUCCAUUUUUGACUGAGUUGAGAGCAGUAAUGGACUGGGUUUGGACUGAUACCACUCUCAGUCUUUCCAGCUGGAUCUGUGUUGAAGAUAUCUAUGCUCAUAUAUUCAUCCUGAAGUGUUGGCGAGAGUCAGAAAAAAGAUAUCCUCAGCCAAGAGGCCAGAAGAAAAAGAAAGUUGUGAAGUAUGGAAUGGGUGGCAUGAUUAUCGUCUUGCUGAUUUGUAUUGUCUGGUUCCCACUGCUCUUCAUGUCUUUAAUCAAAUCUGUUGCAGGCAUCACCAACAAGCCUCUAGAUGUAUCAAUCACAAUAACUCUAGGAGGUUAUCAGCCUAUUUUUACCAUGAGCGCUCAGCAGAAUCAGCUCAAAAGUUUGGAUCAAAAUGAGUUCAGUGAAUUUCUAGGAAGCUAUAGGGGUAACACUGCUGCUUUGCAGUUUCUAGAGGGCUAUGCAAGAGAAGAUAUAACUCGAGCAGAUCUGGAGGGAAAUUCAAACUCUUUAUGGACCAUCAGCCCUCCCAGUAGAAAGAAAAUGAUACAGGGGCUUCUAGACUUCGAUGCUGAUUUCACUUUAGUUAUUUCAUGGACCAUUCAGAGAAAUCUCUCCCUUGGUGCCAAAGCUGAAAUAGCGUCAGAUAAACUUACCUUUACGCUAAAAAACCAUACCAGAAGACAUAUUGCUACAAUGAUGGAUGGAAAUCAAACGGAAAAGGUAACAUUAGAAGAAGUGUACCCAUACUACAUCAAGGCUCCCAGUGAUUCUCUGGCAAAACCCAUAAAGCAGCUAUUGAGAGACUGCAAGUGGGAAAAUAUUACAGUUUCCCUUGUCAAAACAAAUACAUCUGAAGAGUGGUGGGUUUUGAAUCAGCUUGGAAAAAGACAUAAGAUGUCUCAAGAGAGUCUUGAACUCUUCAUAUUCAGUGAUAAAGUCAGUCCACCGAGCCUUGGAUUCUUGGCUGGUUAUGGCAUUAUGGGACUGUAUGCCUCAGUUGUCCUGGUGAUAGGCAAGUUUGUCCGUGAAUUUUUCAGUGGGAUCUCUCACUCCAUCAUGUUUGAGGAGCUACCCAAUGUAGACCGAAUCCUGAAGCUGUGUACUGACAUUUUCCUAGUGCGAGAGACUGGAGAACUGGAACUGGAGGAAGACCUGUACGCCAAGCUAAUAUUCCUGUAUCGCUCACCAGAGACUAUGAUCAAGUGGACUAGGGAAAAAACUAAUUGAUCUCUUUGGCAUCACACUGCAAAUCAAGUUGGUUAAAUCUGAAUUUUAAAGGAAAAAUCAAAAAAAGCACAAUAUUCUCUUAAGAGCUAAGCCUUUUAUAGCUGGGUAGCAAUGAUUUUUCACUGAAGGAAUCCUGGAAGCUAUGGCCUUAGGAAUCCAUGCUGCCUUUCAAAUUAAGGAUCAACAGUGAAGAAGGUUGAAUGAUCUGUUCUUUUUAAUGUGCCACUCCUCUACAAUCUGGGGACUGCUUUGUAAUUUAAUCAGCAAAAAGUUUGCAUCUUUGUCUGGCUAAUUUAAUUUUCCAGACAACCAUUUCAACUUAGAGAGAAACAAAAGGAAUGAACCCACAGAUGACUCCAGUGUUCCUUCUUAAUCCUUUCUGGAGCCACACAGUUUGGAUUGUGCAAUAUGCUGUUGUACAUCACUGACUUUCAAGCUACAGUAAUGGGACACUGACAAGCCUUCAGGACACCCAGCACCCAGGGCCACACUGGGAACUGAAGACAUUCUAGCCAUACCCAUUUGUAGAAAAGCAGAGGUUUGGAUGUACAAGGGACACUGUGGACAAGCCUCUGUCAGCAAAAAGAAAACAAGUAACAAUCUCUUGAAAUGCCUUAUUUUAUUUGUACAGUCACAGGAGACAUUUCCACCAAACAUCAAAGACUUUUCUCAGGAAAAAGAAAAAGCAACUGAAACUUGACACUUUGUCGAGAUUAACUAAUGGCUAGAAUAAUUAUGGUGAAUUAUGGGGUGUUCUGCUGGGCCAUUCUCUUCAGCAUUACUGCUUUCCAUUGGAUGAAAAAAGAAGGUGAAAUUGAUGACCUAAUGGGCUACUUCAUUUCUUAUAACCCUUUAAAGACUGAGUAGUGUGUGCUUCUCUCUGCUCCCCAUGACAUGCUUUUUCCCAUUUCGAUGAUUUAAGGCAACUGUUGUUUUGCUGUUAGCUGAUAUUCUUCUUCCAGUGUUUCAGGUAUACAAAAAUGUUUACAUAUUCCAAGUCACAUUUUUACAUCUGAGACGGGUUUUUUUUUUAAGUUCCCAAAUAUAGACAUACGUAUGAGCUUGAGAAAUGCCUUUUUCUUUUUUUAAAUUGCUAUUAUUAGUGAAACAAAUGGCUCAUUAGAGAACAUUGCAGCAUGAAAAUUUACAAUUGCAAUGUAGGUUUCUUUCCAUGUUAAAAAAAAAAAAAAAACCAAGAAAAAAAAAAAUCAUUGAGUGGAUAGGGUAUGUUAAAAGGAUAUACUUGUAGUUUUGAUUCAGUAAUGACUUAAAAUAAAGCACAUGUUGCAAAGUCAUUUUAGAAGUAUUUUUUCCUCUGCCUUUUUACAUGAAAUGGGAAAAGUUUGACAUUCUUCUUAAUCUGUGACAAAUAAAUCUCUUUCUUGUAGUUAGCUGCUAUUUAUUAUAUGAAUGAUUAGUUAAUCACCAGAAAGAAACUAACAUAAUUUACUGGCACAUUUUACUGCAGAACUUCAUAAAACAGCACAACUAAAUGAAGUUGAAACAUACUCUGCUGAGUGCUUCCAUGACAAAUGCUGUCACAUCCAUUCUAUACUGUGAAAACUAACACUUUGAGCACCUUGAUGUGCACAAAAUAAAAAAUUGCUUCAUGAUAUUGUAACAAUAAAAUAAUUUGGUGACUGGAACUCACUGGAAGACAACCUGAUUUCCUCCAAAGUGAAAAGGUGGCUGCUCAUACAGCCAGGAAGCAAUUCCCCCUGGAAAGUUUUGCUUCAUUUCUUCCAUAGGUCCUGUGGAUGAAAAUUGAAAUAUACAGGGCAGCCCUGACAUAGCACUCAGGGAUGCUAAAAUGUCUUUUAUAGUUAGAUGGGUCCUCACCUGGCUAUUCAGUGAUUUUAAGGAGACCAACACUGGAAGGAGAAGCAUGAAGGAUGUAGUGUGUUUCUAAAGGUACCAGCCCGCAGAACCAUGCUGGCCACAGUUGGUCACAGCUCCCUUCCUGGUCCCUUCUCUUUAACAGGCACUGCCUUUCUGUUGGGAAAAAUCUGUCUUCAGAAUGAGCUGUACAGUUAUUCGGGCUUUGCAAAAAUGUGCUGCUCUUUCUUUCAUGGAUUGAUCAAACUUUGAAAAUAAAAGGAUUCUUCUGUUGGGUUUUUUUAAU